AGGAGCAGGUCAACGAGGAAGAGGAGGAGGCCAACAUGGGAGAGGAGAAGGUCCAGGAGGGAGAGCAAGACAACCUCGCACCAUCAUUACGGACGACAUGCGAGCAACAGUCAUUGACCAUGUCAUUGUCCAUGGCAUGACAAUGGCUGAAGCAGGACUAAGAGUCCGUCCAAACCUGAGUAGGUUCACCGUGGCCACCAUUAUCAGGGCAUUCAGACAACACAACAGAGUUGAAAGAAUGCCACAUAGAGGUGUGAGGGUUGCCAUAUUUACAGCGGCACAAGAAACCCUCAUUGUGGAUAUGGUUCGUGGGAACAACCUCAUCAGACUCCGGGAGAUCAGAGACAAAGUCAUUGCCGAUAAUGUCAACUUUGAGAGCAUUGACGAUGUCAGCUUGGCCACAAUAGACCGAGUUCUCCGGCGCCAAAAGACGCGGAUGAAACAGGUCUAUAGGGUUCCCUUUGAACGCAACUCUACGCGACACAAAGACCUACGUUACGAGUAUGUGCAAGGAAUGGAGUCCAGAAACAUAGUUCAGGGGGCCGACCCUGGUCCCGACAGUACAGGAGCCAAGGGGAAAGCAGUUCAGGUGGCCGACCGUGCGGACGGCAACGGCGGCGACGCAGAAACAGCUCAGGGGGCCAACCGUGCGCACGGCAACGGCGGCGACUCAGGCGAAGGCGGUCUGGAGGCCGGCCGCGCGGAAGCCGGCGGCAUCGUCGAUGGCGAAGGGGGUCUGGGGGCCGCCCACGAUGGUGAUGGCGCCUGGCCAGUGGCCUGGAAAGUGGCCGAUUAG